UAAACUAGCUCUCAACAUCUUCUCGUCCUCACUGAUUGUUACCCUUCACAGAACGGUUGUCUCACGGUUCUUCUGUCAGUCUCAACAAAUCAACUUUAAAGCACCAUGUCCAACACCGAACGUACCUUCAUUGCCAUCAAGCCCGAUGGUGUCCAGAGGGGGCUUGUGGGAGAUAUCAUUAAGCGCUUUGAGCAGAGGGGCUUCAGGCUUGUGGCCAUGAAGAUGAUCCAGGCAUCUGAGGACCACGUCAAGCAGCACUACAUUGACCUGAAGGACAUGCCCUUCUAUGGCGGCCUUUGCGCCUUUAUGCACUCCGGUCCCGUUGUUGCCAUGAUCUGGGAAGGCCUGAACGUUGUGAAGAACGGUAGAUUGAUGCUGGGAGAGACCAACCCUGCUGACUCCAAGCCCGGCAGCAUCCGCGGAGACUUCUGCAUCACGCUUGGCAGGAAUAUCAUCCACGGCAGUGACUCCCUCGACAGUGCCAAUAAGGAGAUCGCCUUGUGGUUCAAGCCAGAGGAGAUGGUCGAGUACAAGAGCUGCCAAAAUGGAUUCCUGUAUGAGUAAAUAAAAUGAAACUGGAAUAGUUUUCUCCUCACCCAUCAAACCCAUUCUGAAUGCUGUAAUCUGGAAUUUAUGUACAUUGUGACUUCAGAGCACUUAAAAAUAAUGUCAAUAAAAAUCAUGGAGUAGAAUA